AUGGCAGCUGCAAGUCAAGGGUUUCCAAAUGUUCAAGAUGAUUAUCUAGAGUUGGAGGAAGAAUUGAAUAGAUUGACAAUUCUUGGUGGCGCUUGUUUUCCUAUGGGUAAAUUGAUAUACGAUCCUGAGGUUGAGAAGGCAGCGCGUAGGCGAAGACAAGAAACCAAGAGACGAAAAGAAGGGCACUUAUCUUUUGCGAACGAGUCAGUAGAAAACGAAUUUAGCAUGGCCAACACCCAGACAUUAAGGGAGCUGGCUACCCCAGACCUGACUCAUCAGCCCUUGUGCAUCACGUUCCCAACUCUGGCUGAAAAUACCUCUUUCGACCUGAAAUCGGGGUUGAUUCAGCUCCUGCCUUCGUUCCAUGGUCUCUCUGGCGAAGAACCCCACAAACAUGUCAAGGAAUUCGAAGUAGUUUGCUCUAGCAUGAAGCCUCCUGGGUUCCUGGAGAAAUUUUUCCCCGCGUCCCGGGCUGCAAGUUUGAGGAAGGAGAUUUGCAGCAUCAAGCAGUACUCCGGGGAGUCAUUGUACGAUUUUUGGGAAAGGUUCAACAAGUUGUGCGCUAGAUGCCCACAGCAUCAGAUUAGUGAACAACUGUUGAUCCAGUACUUCUAUGAGGGACUCCAGUCAACUGACAGGAGUAUUAUUGACGCUGCGAGUGGAGGAGCCCUGGCGAACAAGACACCGAGGGAAGCAUGGGACCUUAUUGAAGCCAUGGCAGAAAACUCUCAGCAGUUCGGCUUCCGUGAGAGCAAUCCUACCCGUAGAAUCAAUGAGGCAGAGACGUCAUCCAUCCAGCAGCAACUGUCAGAGUUGACGUCUGCUGUCAGGCAAUUGGCCAUGAGAGACACACCGCGAGCGAAGGUGUGUGGAAUCUGUACUAGCAUGGACCACUGCACGGAUUCGUGCCCCAUUCUGCAAGAGGACGGGGCGGAACAGGUAAAUAUGGCCGGAGGCGUGCCCGCGCCCCGCAGGCAGUAUGACCCGUAUUCCAACACAUACAACUCCGGUUGGAGAGACCAUCCCAAUCUAAGUUAUGGGAACAGGCAACAAGGUUCAUUCCCGAAUCGUCCACCAGGAUUCCACCAGCCUUGGCAACCAAAAUCUCAACCCUCAUCCUCCAAUUCAGGAAGCUCCUUGGAAGACCUAGUCAAAAGCCUGGCCACAACUACUACUCAGCUUCAUCAGGAGAUCAAAGCGGACAAGAAGGACCAAGAAGCUCGGAUAAGCCAACUGGCAACCGCUAUUAACCGUUUGGAGUCCCACGUUUAUGGGAAACUGCCAUCGCAGCCCGAGGUGAAUCCCAAGAAUGUAAGUGCCAUGACGCUGAGGAGUGGCAAGGAGCUGGAAGGGCCUAAAGCUGGAGAAGACAAUAAAGGUAGAAAGGGGAAAAGAAAUCCUGGAUGUGUUCCGCAAAGUUCAAGUAAACAUCCCCCUAUUGGACGUGAUCAAGCAGGUACCCAAAUACGCAAAGUUCUUAAAAGACUUUCUGUGUUUGCUAUCUAUGCCACUAAUCCCUCUGUGCAAGAAUUUUCUAAGUUUGCUUGUAGGGGUAAAUUCAAGGUUGCUGCGAACAAGUCCUAUAGGAUGAAAGCAAUUCACGAGGUGAAAAUGGAGAGAAAAUUUAGGGAAAAGGUUGCACUCAAUGGCCACGUGGAUCCCGGAGGAAGGCCACCAAUUACAAGAAAAAUGCAAUUACAUCCAGACUAA